AUGACAAAACCAGUGAUUGCCUUGGAUUGUGAUGGUGUAUUACUCGAUUAUUGUAAAACAUUUGGACAAAUCUAUCAACAAACAUUUGGUAAAGAUGUGGUUGUAGUAAAUCCACGUUCGUUUGAUGCAAAAAAUAUGUAUGGUAUUGAAUUCACACCUGAAGAAGAAAUUGAUUUUUAUACCAAGUUUGAUGAACAUGGUUGGCACUCUAUGCCUAUGCUUGAUGGUGCUUUGGAAGCUUGUGAUUUAUUGCAUGAAGCUGGCUAUGAACUCGUCUGUGUUACAACCAUGUCAGAAAAAUUUGUUGAACAACGUUUACGAAACUUAAAACAACAUGGUUUUAAAAUUGAUCGUGUGAUUGGUCGACAAAUACAUCAUAAAUUGCCAAAUGAUUUCUUAAAACAAGAUGAGCAUCCAAAUCCGAAAAAAGAAGCCAUCGAAAAAUUAAAACCGGUAGUAUUUGUGGAUGAUUUGAAGAGAAAUUUUAAAGAUAUUCAAUGUGAUUAUACCAAAUUUGUGUAUAUUGAUGGUGAACAUACGGACGAUCAUCCAAAUCUUAAUGAUGAUACACCUUAUCAUUAUAGAUACAGAAGUUUAAUUGAGUUUGUUAAAGACUUUUUAAAGCAUGAAAAAGAAAUGUUGUCUUGA